AAUAUUUUCCUGUACAUGCAUGAGUUUACAUUUGCUUAUCAGGACGCGUUGGUUUUAUGGUUAUUGAUUUCUGCUUCCACAUGUUACCUUCAGUUUUCCGUGAGAACAUGAGUUUACAUUAUUUACUCUUGAUUCUCUUUAUGCUGAUAUUAAAAAGCAAGGGGUAUUACGUAAAUAAAAAGAUGACUAAGCCGGAAAGAGUGAGGUUCUACCCUAAAAACUCCGUGUUUAGAAAAUCGGCGUUUAUUGACCGGGGUUGCGUAGUCUUCAUAAGCGACUGUCCGCCUGCUUACAAGCGGAAUGUAGUGUGCGCACGGCAUUAUGAUGGCUUUUAUAAAACUUUCAACAACUACUGUGAACUAGAGUACGAAAACUGUAACGAUUGGAGAAAAUGGAGCAUGGUGAAACGCGAGCGAUGCUGAUUGCUUUUCUCAAUGCGUAGGCGUCUGACGCCAAACGGAAUGAAAGAUCCACCUUUAUUUCUUUG